AUGAGAGAAAUACAACACAACCGACAACUCAUUGUACAAGCUCUAAAUAAGAACACAACAAACUUUUCAAACUAUUCUAAGAUAUCUGAGUCAUUGAAAGAAGGAAACUUAAAACUGACAUUAAACCCAUUGACAGACGAGUUUCUAUUUCAAGACAGUAAGAACCAUACUGUUUGUAUAAAUCCAACAAAAAGAACUUUAAACGAGAAACCUAUAGAUGAACUUCUUUUGAAAGCAGAUAUUGACAACAAAGCAGAUAAAACAUAUGUUGACGAUGAGUUAGCAUAUCUGGCUAGUGGGUUAGUGAAGAAGGCAAAUAAGGAAUAUGUGGAUGAAAAAGAUGAAGAAAUUAAAAAAAUGGUUGAAUGGUACCAUGAACGGACAUCGAAGAUUUUAGAAGGUAAAGCCAAUACAGGGUGGGUUUCAGAAUGUUUAGACCUUAAAGCUGACAAAACAUAUGUUAACGAUGAGUUAAAGAAGAAAGCAGACUCGACAUGGAUAGCUGGAUAUGUAGAUGCAACAAAAGAGUAUAUUUUCGCAUGGACAGAAGGAACAUACUCACAAAAAUAUCAUAGACAUAGCAUCUCUGACGUAAAUGAACUUGAAGAAAAGUUAUAUACAAAAGCAGACAAAACAUAU